AUGAUGAUCGGAAUAGUUGCAAUGAUGAUGGCUAAGGCGGCGAAAGAUGAGAGAGAUGUUGAGACAAAGGCGGAGGGAAGCGUUGCACAGAGAGUGGUUGUUACGACGACGACGGCGUCUGAGACCGAGAAAAAUGCCAAGACCGAGAGAAACGUGGCUAGAAGAAACGCAAUGGUGGUUGUGGCAGUAGCUGCGGCGACGACGAUGGCCGCAGGGGCGGUGAGAGAAGCAACAGCGGCGGCGGCGGCUGAUAGAGAAGCUGCCACUGUGGCUGCGACGGCGGCGGCGGAUAGACAAACUGCGGCCGCAGCAGCGGCAAUGGCAGCGGCGGCGACGACGACUGAGGCGGGGACUGCGGUGGCUGAAGAGACAGCUAAGGCGGAGACUGAGACGAUUACGGCGACUGCGACGUCUGAAGCGGCGACUACUACGACGAUUGAGACGACUACGACAUCUAAGGUGGCGACUGCGGCGGCUGAGGCGGCGACUGCGGCAGCUGCACGCAUCACGCCCACGCUGGAGCACAGCGUCGAGGCACAAGUCGAAGUUUAG